AUGUCUGCUGCUCGUUUAGUAAUUAGAACAACAAUUGCAAGUCCUAAUCCUGUUUUUACGCUAAUGUCAGGGUGUACACUAGCUACUACAUCUGCAUCAGCUCCAGCUUCUGAAUCAGCAGCAGAUAUGGUUUUUACAUUUGCUUCACCAUCUGAAGAUUUUUAUAAUCAAGCAAAAAAUAUACGACAAAUUGAUGUUUAUACAAUAAGUGGUAAUAUGGGUAUUCUUGCUCAUCACGCACCUAUUCUUAAUGUACUUAAACCAGGUGUUGUCUCUGUGUUUGAAUCAGAUGAAAAUACAAAAACGAUUUUUUGGUAA